UGUGACAUUAUCGCGAGUUCGAAACACAGGCUGCAGCUUCAAAUAUAUAAUCGGUAAAGUGUUCGUUGUUGUUUCUUACGGUAGUGUCUUGUGUUUAGUUCCAUUCAACAAUGAACGUUUAACUGUCACGUGUUCGGGUCAUGUGACUUGUCAACAUCAGUUCAUCAUGGCGGCGGCUUCGUCUGUUUUCCACAGAGUCAGAACUGGCUCUAAAAUAGGUGCCCAAUAUGACCAAGACGGAAACCUCAUUCAGGUGGAAACCCGAGAGGAUGAGGAGCAGAGCAUCAAGCUGGCAGAGAUGCUGGAGCUGCUGCUGGCAGCUGGAUAUUUCCGAGCACGGAUUAAAGGCUUGUCCCCUUUCGAUAAGGUGGUGGGUGGUAUGACCUGGUGCAUCACCACUUGUAACUUUGACAUUGAUGUGGAUCUUCUUUUCCAAGAAAACUCAACCAUUGGCCAGAAAAUAUCCCUGACGGAGAAAAUUGUGUCGGUGCUACCAAAGAUGAAGUGUCCUCAUCGCCUGGAGCCACAUCAAAUCCAAGGGCUGGAUUUUAUCCACAUCUUUCCAGUAAUACAGUGGUUGGUGAAGCGAGCCAUUGAGACCCGGGAAGAGAUGGGCGACACUGUGAGGGCGUACUCCAUCUGUCAGUUCCAGAAGAGCCACAGCCUGCCAGAGGAUGAGGAGUUCCUUCAGAGGAAAGACAAGGCUGUGAGCGCAGUGCUGAAUGUGUUGGAAGUGUACAAACCUCAGAGAAGGUACAGGCGGCAGACGGAUGCAGGGGAGCUGCAGGAUGAGGAGUCCAGAGUCCACUCCACUCUGCUGGAAUAUGGAAGACGGUAUGGAUUCAGCAAACAGUCCAAACAAGACAUGGUGGAUGACAGGAAGGCCCCGCUUGCCCCUGGCUCUCAGGCAGCAACCCCCGGGAUGGCAGAGGUGUCAGAGGAAGAGGACCUGCAGGCAGCAGAGGAGAUACGAAUCAGCAGCCUGAUGACCAGCAUGGCUGCCAUGGCUAGUGAAGAGGGGAAGCUAACAGCAAGUGCAGUGGGUCAGAUAGUGGGACUGCAUUCUGAGGAGAUCAAACAGAUGGCCUCUGAGUACGCAGAGAAGCAGUCAGAGCUGUCGUCAGAGGAGCGCUUGGAGCGCUACGGCCCGCUGCAACAGCACCGCCGGGCAGUGGCCUCACUCAACAAACAGAUCCAGCACAAGAGCAAACAACUGGAGGAGCUGAAAGCCAAGCAUGCAGAGGUGAAAAUAGGCUGUGACGAUGCCAAGAGGCAUCUGGUUGAGGCUACAGAGUGCUCUGAGAAGCUGGACGGAGAACUGAAGGGUCUGGCUGAGCUGGAGGAGCAGGCUGACAGCAGCUCUCUGGAGAAGCUCAGGGCGUUGGUGACAAUGAAUGAGAACCUGAAGCAGCAGGAGCAGGAGUUCCGCACACACUGCAGAGAAGAGAUGGCCCGUCUACAGCAGAACAUAGAAGACCUGAAGAUGGCCUCAGGACAGGAUACAGAGGAGGAGAAGGAGAGGAACCAGCUGAUAGACAAACAGUACAACACAGACAGAGAGAAGCUACAGAAGAUCCGUCUGCUCAUGGCUCGCAGGAACCGUGAGAUCGCCAUCCUGCAGAGGAAGAUCGACGAGGUGCCGAGCCGGGCGGAGCUCACCCAGUACCAGAAGAGGUUCAUCGAACUCUACAGCCAGGUUUCUGCAACACAUAAAGAGACCAAGCAGUUCUUCACCCUGUACAACACGCUGGACGACAAGAAGGUUUAUCUGGAGAAGGAGGUGAAUCUGCUGAACUCCAUUCACGACAACUUCCACCAGGCCAUGUCGUCUGCAUCAGCCAAGGAGCAGUUCCUCCGGCAGAUGGAGCAGAUAGUGGAGGGAAUCAAACAGAAUCGCAUCAAGAUGGAGAAGAAGAAACAGGAAAACAAAAUGAGGAGAGAUCAGCUGAAUGACGAGUACCUGGAGCUGCUGGACAAGCAGAGGCUUUACUUCAAAACCGUCAAGGACUUUAAAGAGGAGUGUCGGAAGAACGAGAUGCUGCUGUCCAAACUGAGAGCGAAAGGGGCUUCUUAGAGCUCCUUCCUCUGGUUCUAAACCGAAACGUGUAAUCUACAUGACAUAAGUAUGAGAGCUACACAUUCUACUAUUUGUUUAAUUUCUCUUCUCUAUUUCUGAUACAGUUGAAAGCCAUUACUAAACGACUCACAUUCAAAGCCUGUGCUCUAUAUGUGCCAAAUCCAGCUGACUGAAGUGUUUUGCAUAUUUUACUUACCUCUGCAAUGAUCACAGAGCAGUUUGUUAGUAUCUACUAAGCUUCUCAAAAGAAAGUGUCGAGUAUGUACAUGAACAAUAUGAUUGAGGCAUUGUAAAAAUCUAUUAAUCCCCACAGUGUGUUAAAUAUUAGUGCUCUUUGGGACUGAACCGGUGCUGGUCUGAUCAUAGCUUUACUAACAGUGACUGCGCUGGAUACAUCCACCAUGUUGAUCAUGUGGUGUGCACUUUUUACACACACUAGGUCUUGCUGAUGUCAUCUUACUAGGUUUCCUGGUGCAGCUUGAAACAUCAUCUUUUAUUCUGUUCAUCUGUGCCUCUGAAGUCAGCAGACUCCUCAGGUCUUAAUGCCCGUGUACAACCAAUAUUAAAUAAAUAAACACAUCUUUCUAUUCAGGA